AAGCUACUCAGAAAGAGUGAUCAACCUGUCGCAUCCGGCUCAUUCGCGGACGUCUGGCGCGGACAAUGGAACGCCCACCAUGUCGCCCUCAAGUCUAUUCGAAUAUCGAAUACCAUUGACUUGCAACGGAUUAUGGAGCAUUUUUGUAAAGAAGCUGUGCUCUGGAGACACCUAUCCCACCCCAAUAUCACGCCGUUCCUUGGUAUCGACAAAGCCCUGUUUCGCCUGUGCAUGGUGAGCGAAUGGAUGCCUAAUGGAACUAUCAUGACAUAUGUUCGCACCAACCCCACUGUAAAUCGACGGCAGCUAGUAAUGGAUGUUGCUAUGGGGCUCGAAUAUCUUCACUCUGUCGACAUGGUACACGGUGACCUGAAAGGGGCCAAUAUUAUGAUCAACGAAGCAGGAAAUGCUUGUCUUUCGGACUUCGGAUUGACAGGCGUCGUGUACGGCCUGGACACUGUGAACCCAGUAACUCCCGGUUCCGUCGUCCCCGGGUCGAUUCGUUGGAUGGCUCCGGAGAGUCUUGACCCUGAGGGUGCCGGAGUCGAGACUAUGUCCGCGUUACGGGAAAGCGAUGUACAUUCGUUCUCGAUGGUCGCAUGGGAGGUGUUCAGCGGGAAGCACCCGUACAACGAGUAUCGUCUCGAUGCUGCGGUUAUGUAUCAGAUACUCUCGGGUGUGCGACCAAGCUAUCCCUUAAGUGCGGAACCACUUGGACUUUGCGAGCAAGUCUGGGACUUGAUGGAACAGUGCUGGCAUCCUGAGUGGCGACUACGUCCUACUAUGUCCUCUGCUGUGACACGACUA